ACAUAAUGCAAAAGUAUCUGAUUUUAUAAUUAUUGUACACCAUACACAGCGACUCGGUCAGCGUCUAAGUCCACGACUCCACGCUCAUACACCUUUGUCACCCACUAGAUAAUCUCUCACAGAUUUGCGCAUCGGGUAACCCUUGAGCAUCCGUAUCUUUUCCAAUCAGACCGCCACCAGCACUUUGACCCAAGCACUUCGACUUUUGAGGUCAUAAUAGAGAUGAAGCAGACACUGCCCUCAAGUCUUGGUGUGGGUGACAAGAUUGGAGAAGGGGACUCUAGCCUCAUGCUCAAUGUGCUUCCCCCUGAAUUAUGUGACACAGCGUUCAAGCAGAUCAUAAACGAGGUUGAUUGGAAUGUUAUGUAUCAUCGUGGCGGUGAGGUACCGAGGCGCGUGGCGGUCCAGGGGGAGAUAGCAAGUGAUGGAAGCUUUCCGAUUUACCGACAUCCUGCAGAUGAGUCCCCUCCGCUUCGACGGUUUUCGCCAACGAUAGCUACCAUCCGCAAGCAUGUAGAGAGCAUUCUUGAUCACCCCGUGAACCAUGUCUUAAUUCAACACUACCGUAGUGGUGCGGACUACAUUUCAGAGCACUCUGACAAGACGAUCGAUGUCGUGCGUGGGUCGAAGAUAGUUAAUGUCAGCCUAGGCGCUCAGCGAGUGAUGACACUUCGCUUGAAACGAGAUGGGAUGCAACAAGCGGGUGACAAUGUCGUGACCCCGCGACCAUCACAGAAAAUUCCGCUGCCUCACAAUUCAAUGUUCGUCCUUGGUCUCGAAACGAAUGCGAAAUGGUUGCACGCAAUUAACCAUGACAAACGUCCGAUCCAUUUGAAGUCCGCAGAGGAACAGUUCAUGAAAGGAGAGCGCAUCAGUCUCACGUUCCGUCAUAUCGGCACAUUUCUUUACGGAGAUGAAUCACGUAUAUACGGCCAGGGGGCCAGGGGGAAGUUCUGUGAUGCGGGUCACGCAAUAAUUGGCGGCGGAGAGGAAGCUUCGAAACUCUUGGAAGCAUUUGGUAAGGAGAACCAGCAGAGCGAUUUUGACUGGGAAGAAGUGUAUGGAGAGGGUUUCGACGUCUUGCAUUUCACUUCAAGGGAAUCGUAAGACCGUGACAACCAGCAUCUGCAUUAAAGUUAUUUACUGAUUAGAUUAAACACUCGUAGUGAAGUACGGGCUACGUUAUCAUUGUUUCUGUUGUUCUUCAUGUCUCCCGCCUAGCAACGACGGUGACAUUGGAAAACACAUGGAUACACAAAACUCUCUCUCGUACCACCAUCUCUGUCACUACUAUAGCUUGGAUCAUUGAAGUUCUGGCAGCGCAGGGAGCUGUCAGUAUUUCUAGCAAAAGCUUUGCGCGUUCUGUCGUUACUCAACUUUACUCUUUCAUUCGUUCGAAGGUUGCAUCCGCCAUUGGCUAUCACAAAGGUCCGAUUUAAUUCCGUGAAGAUCUGGUAAGCGGAAGCAUUUUUGUUCG